AACCGUAGCAGAGAAGUCUAGCGCACCACAGGGUGUAGCACGCGAGAGGAUUCCAGCUCAACACAGGGUGUUGCACUUCACAUGAAGAUGGCAAGUCUAGCACACCGUAGGGGAAAUGAUGUCAGAGAAGUCUAGCUCUCCACAGGAAUAUAACAGCACAGAAGCCUAGCACAUUACAGAAGCCUAGCACAUUACAGAAGCCCAUCGUACAACAGGACUGAAGCACACUAGAUACGCCAGAUAAGCACACCAGAAUUAAGUACCUCCGAGGGGUCUAGCACAUCACCCGUCCAUAAUGUUUGACCUAACUGACUUUUCUCGCCUUUUAAUCAUGUAUGCCAUUGUUUCCCACACAUUGGGGUUUUGUGAUAUUAGCUCACUUAUCGUCGAUGGACAGACGUUGAGAAAGUCUGCUUUUGCGUCUUUUACCAAAUCGGACAUUUUCCAAUGUGCCGGAUUAUGUGUGAUGCACAGUGUUUGUAAGUCUUUCAAUCUAAACACAAAGAGCCGGACCUGCUAUCUAAGUUUCAAAGAUUCAACCGAUACCGGCAACAUACAACCAAGCGCAGAUUACAUACAGAGCGAUAUCAGCAAAUGGCCUAAGAGUAUAGGAGGACCUUGUUCUGACCACACGUGUCAUCCCACAACUUUCUGUGCUGUGAUUCGUUCUUCAACCAACACCGUCUGCAGGCCGGUGCAGUUCAUGGACGUCGAGGAAGACACAAGCACAUACUACGAAUUCCCCAACAAUCGCAUGGCGUGGGAACCUGCAAAGACAGACUGUCAGGACCGCGGGGGGACUCUGUCCAUAGUGGAAGGCGCGGCAGAGAACACCUUUCUUGAGAACACUGCCCUAGCGUGCGGCUAUACGACCAAAUUGCUGUGGUUCGGGGCGACUGAUGGAGCUGUCGAGGGCACAUGGAUGUGGAUAGAUGGAAAGCCGAUGGUGUACCAAUCAUGGAUGCUGGGACAACCCAACGACCCCGGAAACCAGGAUUGUGCUGGAUUCGUCAUCGGAUCCGGAUGGAAGAGCAACCCCUGCGGCUAUGAUUACUUUUACAUCUGUGAAAUGAAGACUUAGAAUGUUCAUGCAUUAAAAAUGAGAUGCAAAUUUGAUCGGGUUAUGGGAAGAAUGUACAGCAUUAAGCAUAGGUGCGGAUUGGCUUCAUCUUGAGUGAGUGAGUUAGUUGAGUUUAACGCCGCUUUUAAUGUAUUCCAGUUAUAUCACGGCGUGUCAGCUUAAU